AUAGGGUGUCUCAACGGUCAUAUUUUUCUGGAUAAAAAUGGUAUUUUGAAUUGAGGAUGUAACUCUUACACUGCACUCAAUUUGUGCCCGUGGAGGGUAUAAGCGAACAAGAAGAAGAAGAAGGAAUCAUGACGACGGCAAGGAAAUUGUCUCGUAAAAGGGUUCGUAAAACUCCAGUGCGAUCAGAACCACAAGAGUUCGAAAGUCCAAUCAGGGCCAUCGCUUGUCUCAAAAAAAUCGACGACAUCAAGCGUUUCGAGGAAACCGACGAUUGCUUCAUCCUAGGUUUUGAUCCUACCGACACCACUCCUAUCUCGUUUGAUCUUUCCUCCAAACCUAACAACAAAGAUUCCGACGAUCUCUGCGUUCUUGGUGAAAAGGGCAAGAUAGCCCUAAGAGAUUAUCCUCACUCAAGACAUCUAUGUCUCAAAUUUCCAUUCAAGACCACUUCUCGUGAAAGCUAUUGUGAUAAGUGCUACUGUUAUGUUUGUGAUUCUGCUGCACCAUGUAAGUAUUGGACCCUUUCCAGGCAUUGCAAUGCAGAGAAUAUUGGUUCCUGGAAUAAUCAGAGGAAACUGAGGCAGCGAGUUCGUUAAAAUAAAAUGUCAAUUUCACUCUCAGAAAUUUGCCACUUUUUUUUUUUUUGUGGGUUAGAAUUAGUCAUCUAUCUUAUUUAUAGAUAAUUAACAUAUCACGUUGCCAAACAUUCUGUUUGAAAAAGCAAUCCGUGGUAGAUUCUUUUCGGGAUUAGAGGAAUGUUGAUAUUUUGAGAACUUGAGCUCUAGUGUCGGUUACUAUUGAAUCUACUGAUGUUUAUUUCAGAAUA